AUGGCAUCGACAUUCAAAACUUCCGUCGAGUCUGUUCAACGGUUCUUUGGCAAGAAGACCCCUGAAGAGAUGGUCAGGAAGUGGCGCCAAGAAAUUAACGCCCAGCAACGAGCUCUGGACCGUCAGAAGCGCGGGAUCGAAGCAGAGGAGCUCAAGGCCAAGAAGAUGAUCAAGCAGAUGGCCAAGAAGGGCGAUAUCCGUACCUGCAAGAUCCUCGCCAAGGAAUUGGUCCGCUCCCGUCGUCAGAAGGAUCGUAUCGUUACCAGCAAAGCUCAAUUGAACUCAAUAUCCAUGCAGCUCCAACAUCAGCUUUCCACAUUAAAGAUUGCCGGUACGCUGCAGAAGAGUUCAGAGGUUAUGGGCAUGGUCAACAACCUCGUCAAGCUCCCUGAGAUCUCUGCCCAGAUGCAGGAAAUGUCCAAGGAGAUGAUGAAGGCUGGCAUUAUUGACGAGAUGCUUCAGGAUACCAUGGAAUCGAUGGACGACGACGAGAUCGAAGAAGAAGCAGAGGAGGAGGUCAACAAGGUUCUUUUCCAGAUUACAGAUGGCCUUUUGGGAGAAGCCCCACUUGCCGCUGGAUCAUUGCCAACCGAGGCGGAAGAGGAAGAGGAGGAGCCAGCACUGGACGAUAUGCAGAGACGAUUGGAGGCUCUCAAGAGCUAA